CACGCUGUGCAACGUUGCCAAUUGCGCUAUAUCCUGGACACCCGAUAACCGUCUCUUCAACUGCUAAAUUUCGUUAUUCAUGGCUCUUUUCAGACGAUGAACUCUCUGAACAUCCUUUCGGCGCGGGUCAUAGGCUCGACUCCUCCCCAAACACCGAUAGGUUCGCCAUCGACGUCGCGAGGUGACAUCACCAAAGAGGACCAGGAUCAAGCAUAUUUUCCUCCAGAAGCAUCUGCAUUAGAAGACGAUGCGCUGAGCUCUGGAGAAGUUCCUGAAAAAGUACCGGCGGAGGAUUCCCCAUACGGACCUCUGCUAGAUUCUUCGAGUCCUUCGGCCCCAUCGGCAAGCGCAAUGGACGAGAAGUUGCCUCUUCUGUCCGAGCAACAACCGGGACUACUGACCCGGUCAAAGCGCUCUAGCUUCUUGCGCAUACCUAAAUGGUUUGCAACAACCGUCGCGACAACGGUGAAAUGGAUCUUAUCGACUUUGGCAGCACCAGGGAUAUACCUGGCUGGCUGCUUCUACGAUGACGCCGGCAAUUUCUCCAUGUCGAUGCCGGCACGCCGUGUCUACCACACUGUGCUACGUACGAUACGCCCCAAGGACACGAUGCAGCGAUUAACCCCGCUUGAUGACGAUAGACCUCCAGCGAAGAACGGUAGGCAGCGAUCAAGUCGAAGUCGGCAAAGUCCAAAAUCGUCGCGGCGAUCACUUUCGGCAAGCUCGUCGUCUUCAGCAAUAACAUCAGAGUCGGAACUGGAGCAUGAGCGCGAGCGAAGCAGGGCAACAGCAUCAUCGUCAUCAUCAUCUCCUCGUAAUAAUCGCUCCAAAUCCUCCUCAUCUGCAUCCUCGGAAGAGAUUGCCCCCGCGCGUCGCUCGAUUCGCAUCAAAUUAUACAAUGAAGAAUCGCUCAAGCAGCGCAAACAAAAGAGAGCCGAGCAGGCUGACUCGAAGAAAACCUCAAGCACGUCUACGGGCGUAAAAUACUCGCCAACACCACUCACCGCCGAUUCCAUAAAAUCCCCCACCAGCGCCGCAUCUUCUCUCCGCGUCACCAAAUACCCCCGCGCUCCUGCCCCGCCUCGACCCUUGAUACCCCGGCGGCAACCAUCAUAUUCCUACUCGAGCCCCUUUUCUCCUCAAAUUCCCCAGAAAACAUUAAUUAUAGAUUUGGACGAAACUCUUAUUCACAGUCUUGCCAAAGGCGGCCGUAUGAGCUCAGGCCACAUGGUCGAGGUCAAACUCAACGUGCCCGUUGUCGGGGCCACCGGCACCACCGUAGGACCGCAGCAUCCCAUUCUGUAUUAUGUCCACAAGCGGCCCUAUUGCGACGAAUUUCUUCGCAAGGUGUGUCGAUGGUAUAACCUCGUCGUGUUCACGGCGUCGGUGCAGGAAUAUGCCGACCCAGUCAUUGACUGGCUCGAGCAAGAGCGCAAGUACUUUUCCGGCCGGUAUUAUCGCCAGCACUGCACCUUUCGCAACGGAGCCUACAUCAAGGACCUCAGUUCCGUCGAGCCCGAUCUGAGCAAGGUCAUGAUCUUGGACAACAGCCCAAUGAGCUAUGUCUUUCAUGAAGAUAACGCCAUUCCAAUCGAAGGCUGGAUCAAUGAUCCGACAGACAAUGACCUGCUUCAUCUAAUACCCCUGUUAGAAGGGCUGCAGUACGUUACCGAUGUCCGGGCACUUUUGGCACUACGCAUGGGCGAAGCCGUGGCUUAAUGAAUGCAUUUGUUUUUUUCUCUCUCUCCUACUAAACUUUUUUUUUAAUUUGAUUAUAUCAUUUGUAAUCUUCUUUUCCCCACUUUUCUCGACCCCUGUUUCUUUCCUUCUUUUCUUUCC